CUCCUCUUGAGAACAGGGGGAGCACAUCGCCGACUCCGAAGAGACGUUGCCGAGCUCUGAUCCUGCUGCUGUUGCAUGAUCCAUCGACGAGUCGGUUGUUGCUGUUGUUGUGGGGAGAAUGGUGAGCGUGCCCAGCGGAUCGAAAUUCGAGUUGUGAGAGAGGAGAGUUGCGUGGUGGAGGGGGGGAAUUAGGUUGCAGUUUGUGUGUGAGUGAGUGAGCAUGGGAGGUGGGUCGCUGUGGAGAAGCGUCGCGCGCGCGGUGGGAGCUGCAGCUCCCACCGUGGCGGUCACGACGAACGCAGCUUACUGCCACUGUGCUCCCCCGCCUAAUGCUUCACCCCGAUCGCGAGGAGCUUCGUGUAAAUGCAAAGCCGUAGGGGGUAUACAUGCACACCCUGGAUUGUCUGCGGUGAGCUAUGGGCCUCGACAGUUCUGGGAUGGCGAGGAUUGGGAGAUCGCAGGAGAUGAGGAGCGGGAUCAUUAUGUCUUUGGGUCGCUGCCUACUGUGGAAGAGGUUGAAGAAGCGUCGUCCGAUCUCCAGAAUGCUCUUCGAUUAGGCUUCUUCACACCUCCUCCUCCUAAGUCUGAAGCUUUGCCUAAACCUGAAUCCUCUUCAUCACGAAGUCACCCACAAUCACCGCGGUCAUCACUUGGCCCAGUUCUCGUGGAAGCGACGGAAAUGUCAACUGUAACAACUGUUGGAGAAGUGGAGGAAGAGGUUACGUCGAAUCUUUCUCCUCUACCAGUUGAGCCGCUGGUUGAGUCUAAGGAGUGUAUAGAAUCUCCUUUGUACGAAGUAGCCACCAGCCCUAAGCAUUCCGGGGCUCCAAGUAGCGCCAUGCUGGAGGCUUUCUAUCAGUUUCAGCACAAUCCACAAGUUCAGGGUAUGGUGGUGUCUCUUGCAACCGACAAGGCAAUUUGGGAUGCGGUGUUGUCCAAUGAAAAAAUCAAAGAAUUUCGCCGGAACUUCAGUGCUCCUAAUUCUGAGGAUUCCUUUGGCGGUGGUAUGAAUAAGAAUGUCAGAAGCUCUCAGAACCACACUAAUGUCUUCUCUCAAUUCUUUUGGAAAUCAAAGAAGGCAUUCACCAAGUUUGUUACAGGCUUCCAGGAUUUUGUGACUUCACUAUUCGAGACUGCGGAGAAGAAAAGCCCUGUUAACGGUGCUAGUGAUGGGAAGACCAAUUUCUUUGAGCGUACAGUGAAGGCCUCUUUCAUGUUUGCGGUGAUGGUCUUGGCUGUCGUGAUCUUUAAGAGAUCAGCUGUAUUUAAGCGGGGUUGAUGCAUCUAUGCUGCAUCAAUUGUCUGAACCGAUUAGGAGUGGACAUUGAAGUUGCUAUUCGAGGUAGUUGGUUCGACAUCAACACUCAGUGUUGCCCGACAUGUUACUAAGCUUGCUCUAUGUUCCUUGAGGGAGAACGUUGCACUUUAUUGUCCUUCGACAAUGAUGAAAGUUUUACUAAGGAUAUGAUUCUCAGAAGAUUUGGUGAAAAGAUGUCUUAUUCGGUUUCUUUACCCUGUAAAUACAGAAUUUCUAACAGUAGAAUAUAGGGUUCUCAGUAUAAUAUUUGAUAGGGUACUAAAUCGGUGUUGGUGGUUUUGGUAUAUCAGUUUUCUUUUUGCCAGGUCUUGCAAAUGGAGGCUGAAUGGCAUUAAAGUUUCUGGUAUGGUUAUGCAAAAGGUUUUGUGUAGAUUUUUAUUGGGUGUAAGUUUUCAAUACAAGCUAAACGUUAAUGGGAUUUCUAUUUCCUGGAUGACUUUGA